AUGCUUCGCCGUGGAGUCCCCAGAGAAUUGCUGAGCGACAGAUGCCGCGUCUUUUUGUCAGAUGUUAUUAUAGAAGCCCUGCUCAAGGAAUUCAACGUGAGGAGUCCUAAGGAAGUCAUUAGCGGAACCACGCAGUUCUUCACGAAGAGGUACGCUAUUAUCAGCAUCGUGGUGGGCGCCACCCUCUUCUUGGCGGCGACGGCCUUUCUUCUCACCCGCGCGGCCAACACUCCUAGGCGCAUGGAAAAACUGUGCGUCACAGAGGAUUGCCUCCACCACGCAAGCCUCCUCAUGCGCGCCAUAGAGCCCAGAAUUAACGCCUGCGACGAUUUUCGCGCGUACGUUUGCUCGAACUGGUCGCCGCAGAAACAGCGCAAACGCUUGAAGGACUUCGAUGGGUCCGUGAUGGAAGACAUGGUGCACUCCUGGUUUUGGGGCACGAGCACCACCCUACAGCAAGGCUCCAAGGUGUUCCACGCUGGCAGAAAGCCGCUGGCCAUGCUAGAGUCUUGCAUGAGCAACUCCUCAAUGUACGGGUCCAGGAUAGAGCUGUUACAGAUACUUAUGGCAGAAUACUUGCACCUCUACUGGCCUGAACCGCCCGGCGAAAAUGUCGACGCCCUUCACACACUCAUCAGACUCGCCUACAUCUUGCAGGCUCCAUUCUGGUUUGCAAUGCGACCGAUCAUGGCACGCCGAGGAGCAGCGGAAGGCAGUUGGAGCAUCGUCCUCAGACCUUCCCCUCUGAUCAACGCGCACGUUCGUCAGUACCACGUUGUGAAAGGCAGUGGGCAGCCCGCCUACGUGAAGUACUGGAUGGAUUUCUACAGCGCUUUCUCCAGCGACAGCGCAGCAGCCAGCGAGGAGCGUGCAAUCCAAGCAGAGAAGCUCGAAGGGGAAUUUCUGACAGCGCUCAGCGCCGCCGUCGAUGCGCUACCAAAGCACACCGCGGUACUUCCGAUCAGCCAACUGGAGACAUACACGCCGACUGUGAGUUCGUCCCGAUGGUUGUUGUACUUGCAGAACACCCUCAACCUCACGCCGGUGCUAAGUGCGUGGGACGUUGCACUCAUCACCGACAGAGCGUUCUUCGUCACUGUUGGGGAGCUGUUCAGGAACUACACGAACCAGCAGAUUUUGGAGUUCCUCGGAUGGCAGUUCGUCCAACAUUACGCACCAGUGGUGGACAGCAGAUUUUUGAUAUCUAAGUAUGGUGACAAUACCACAGCCAUGAGCCUUCGAACUGCCUUCUGCAGCUACCACGUCGAGGUGCCGUACAGGGCGCUUAUUCUGUCCCUGCACUUUGCUUCCCAGAUAACAAACAGCGUUCAGCAAAUGAUCGACGACGGCUACAAGCGCGUUGUGUCAACGGCCGUUAGGCUCAUUAACGACUCUACGUGGCUCGUCGCUGAAAGCAGGAAGGUGGCUGCCGAAAAGCUCGCCUCUGCCAAUUUGCGACUCUGGCCUCCCGCCGCAUUCCUCGACAGAGAAAACUUGGCAAGAACAUUUCGGCAUUUCCCAGAUGCCGAAGAAGCAUUCGGGGAUUACUGGAUCGCGGCCACCAUAGAAAUGAUUCAUAUAAAUAGAACGCCAGAAUACGAAGAAGUGCUCGACAUGCCGCUAAACUAUGCGCUUCCCUACUUUGAUUAUGACUAUGUGAGGAACGCAGUUGGUGUCGCUAUCGGCGCGGUCGCCCCUCCUUUGUUCUACAGGAAAGGCACCAAGGCCAUGUUCUACGGAGGAUUCGGGUUCUCAGCGGCAUUCCAACUUGCGAAGGCCCUCGAUGAGGAAGGCAUUCGGUGGCAUCCAAAGGGGCUACCUGUCAAGUCAAUUCUGAACGCCUCCUCGCAGGAAGCCUUCGACGACAGGUACAGUUGCCUCGCCAGUGCCACCGCAGGGAACGAAACGUUGUUUCCCGAGAUACCGGCGCUGGAGAUUGCUUACACGGCGUUCCUCGAUGAGGUAGGAGAUCCUGAAAGCACGACGCACAUCAGCAAGAACCUAAGCGAGUUGAAAGUGUUCUUCAUGACCAUCUGCCACAUGACUUGCAUGCAAAGCGGCAUCACCGAACCUUUCUCGGCAGACUGCAACAAACUCGUGCGCCACUCGUCGGCUUUUGCCAAAGCGUUCCACUGCCCAGAAGGAUCGAAAAUGAACCCGAAAAAGAAGUGUACCUUUUUUUACUGA